UUUGGACUUUCUUUUGAGUCGACGUAACGAUUCGACGAGGUGUCAUUCUACUUUUAUCCAUCGAAAGUUUUGUAUUUUAAAUAAUUUCUUUUCAAUUUUCGUAUGUUUAAUAUUCCGAAUUCGACUACAGUUUUCAACUGAAUCAUUUCAAGAAAAAAAUGAUCCAUUCUGUUCGGUUAAAGUUUGUUUUUCGUUAAUUCAACAUUGUAAAAUCUUCACGCGUGCUAUCGUAAUCCGGAUAUAACCAGAUUUUUGUAUACCUUUGGUACUAUUCUGUUCGUCGAAGCAAGUGUUCUCUUUGUUUUAAAACUUAUAAUUUAAUUCGUUCCUUCUGUUAAAGCUGAGCUUUCUAGCUUGAGUGAAUUUUGUAUUUAUUUUUUUACUUAUCCGAUACCUAAGUUUAUUUUUAUUUCCCCGUUCUCAAAUCUAAAAGAAAAGCAAAAUGUCGAGCGAAGAAACCACAAGUGAUAGGAAUGUGGAGAUGUGGAAAAUCAAGAAACUGAUUAAAAGUUUAGAGUUAGCCAGAGGGAAUGGCACCAGUAUGAUAUCAUUGAUAAUUCCGCCAAAAGACCAGAUUUCAAGAGUUAGUAAAAUGCUCGCUGACGAAUACGGAACUGCGUCGAAUAUUAAAUCAAGAGUAAAUAGAUUGUCUGUACUGGGAGCUAUCACAUCAGUACAACAGAGAUUGAAGCUGUACACUAAAGUUCCGCCCAACGGAUUAGUUGUCUAUUGUGGAACGAUAGUCACCGAAGAAGGCAAAGAGAAGAAAGUUAACAUAGAUUUUGAACCCUUCAAACCUAUAAAUACCUCUUUGUACUUAUGUGAUAACAAAUUUCAUACGGAGGCGUUGACCGCCUUACUGGCCGACGACAAUAAAUUUGGAUUCAUCGUAAUGGACGGUAACGGAGCUUUAUUCGGCACCCUGCAGGGUAAUACCAGAGAUGUGCUGCACAAGUUUACGGUCGACUUACCGAAAAAACACGGUCGAGGAGGUCAAUCAGCUUUACGUUUCGCUCGUUUACGUAUGGAAAAGCGACACAAUUAUGUGAGAAAAGUAGCCGAGGUGGCAACCCAGUUGUUUGUCACGAACGAUAAACCAAACAUUGCCGGAUUGAUUUUAGCCGGUAGUGCCGAUUUCAAAACCGAACUCAGCCAGUCCGAUAUGUUCGACCCGCGUUUACAAGCCAAAAUUAUCAAAUUAGUCGACGUAUCGUACGGAGGCGAAAACGGUUUCAAUCAAGCCAUCGAAUUAGCUUCAGAAUCGCUGCAAAAUGUAAAGUUUAUUCAAGAAAAGAAAUUGAUAGGUCGUUAUUUCGAUGAAAUAAGUCAAGACACCGGUAAAUAUUGUUUCGGCGUCGACGAUACGUUGAAAGCGUUAGAAUUAGGAGCUGUAGAAAUUUUGAUUUGCUGGGAAAAUUUAGAUAUUCAACGAUAUGUAUUAAAAAACCACAGUUCGGGCGAAGAGAAAAUAUUACACUUGACUCCCGAACAAGAGAAAGAUAAAACGCAUUUCAAUGACAAAGACUCAGGAGCAGAAUUAGAAUUAGUUGAGAAUCAGCCGUUACUGGAAUGGUUGGCUAACAAUUAUAAAAACUUUGGCGCCACAUUAGAAAUUAUUACCGAUCGAUCUCAGGAAGGUUCACAAUUCGUCAGAGGAUUCGGAGGAAUAGGAGGAAUUUUGCGUUAUAAAGUCGAUUUUCAAGUACUUCAAGUGGAAGACACCUUUGAUGAAAUCAAUCUAGACGAUUAUUAAAUAAAUACAGUAUUGCCAUUAAAUAAGGCUUACUGCGAUAUAAAGUAGAUUUUCAGAGCUUACAAUGCGAAGAGUACGACACACUCGAUGAUUUCAAUUUGGAUGAUUACUAAAUUAUUAAAAUCGAAAACGAAACUACGGACGGCGACAUUUUUUCCAGCACAUCCAAUCUUUACGUUCAACCGAAAUGAGAAUUUGCCUUCAGAUACAGCUCAAGAUUUUGUUACGCAAUAAAAUAUGUACCAAAUAAUUAUAUGUAACUUUGAAAAUCAGAGGGAAAAACCAUUCAGCAUUACCGCUUACUUCGUUUUGUACACAUGGUCCUAAUUUUGUACGUUUUUUCGUUUUUACUGAUGAUACUUGUGAGUUUUUGUCAUUGAAAUGUUUCACGAAUAUCAUCAAAGAUUAUUGUUUUUAGAAACGAUGUAAACUUGUUUUAUUCAAAUAAAGCUUUUGCGCCUAAAA